GAAAACAUUCGGCCAACACUGUGCAGGAUGAUGGAGGAGGCUGCUGCAAAAGAAUUCACCGAUGAAGUCGACGAUUUAAUACGAAUUGUCGAAGAUCUGAAGAUCAGAUCUGUCGUGCCGAGUUUGCUGGAAUCGUCCUUCUCCAAACUGCUGGAACUCAAAAGCCGGCUCAGACGGGAAGAGAUAUCGAGGGAGACCGCUAACAAGGAAGUUCUACAGGACUUGGCAAAGAUUGUUCUGGAUGUCACAUACUGCCGAGAGAACCGUCUUGCUGACAACGAUUUUUCAGACAGUGAUUCUCUAGAACGAGUCCAUGCCAUAAUCCGUAGCCUGGAACAUGUUGAGAACAUCACGAAGCACAUGGGCUUCAGCACGGUAGUUGAAGGCCUCGGUGAGGAGCUUGCCGAGUGCAUAGAAUGGCGCAAGGGAGGACUGGUCUACAUGUUCUGCCAGAGCAAGGAGGGAGAUGACGACCACAGUUGGAUAAUGGCCAACCAGGAAACUUUUCUUGCUCUGCUGCAGCAAGGCGUGCAGCACCUGACGGCAAUGCUCAACGUUCGUCGCCCGUUGAGCGCCGAAGACGUCACGGUGCUGUCAGGGCAAACAGACGUGCUGGAACUCCUGGAGAAAGGCAUCUACAGUGACGUGCACGCGCUGUCGCUCAUGUACGCCGGCGAGAUGUGCUUCUGGCUGGUGACGUACUCGAAGCGGUGGGAUCGGCCGCUGGACAUGGUGCACGCGCUGCCGCUCGGCAAGCGGCUGCUGCAGGACUACAUCAGCGCUGUCGAGGGUCCCUUGCAGGAUGCAGGCUGGAACUGCACCCGCGCCCGGCAACUUCUGGCGCAACUUGAGGAGGAGGAGCAGUGCUGAAGCGCAGCCAGUGUGCACGGUGAAGCCGACGUAAAGUCAAGCCAAAGACAAAGCCCCGACGAGAAGCGAGAUUUUAACGGACAUUCUUGUCGGGUGAAGGAGGAGCAGCAGCGUCAAGUUAAAAGAUUUCUGCAUUGUUCCCGGACUUCUUGAGAGCAUUCGCUUCAUCAUCAGCGGGACCACAAUGGAGAAUGCGUUCCAGUAGAUGGGAAACAUCUAUUUCAGGCACUAGCUAGCAGGCCAGACUCAGCAGUACUAUCUAGCUAGGUAGCUAGCAAAGCUCCGAUGUUUUACGUGAGCAAACCAUCGAAAUCGAGUCAGCUGCAAUAGUUUAAUAAUGACCGCAAGGUCUUGCAGGCAAUUUAGUUAGAUACUUAUUCUCUAUAUUUGUUUGCUUCACUCGUUGCUUUGCUGUUUGCACGUUUGAUAGACUGGUUCAAUGACUUUUUAAUCAUGCUAUUUGUGAUAUAGUCAUGUUUGUGCAUACAACAGACCUGUCAUUGUGAAGUCUUGAUGCAUUCAACCGCGGUCUGCUUGUACUGCAACAUUUCACGAUUUGUGAAGUUUCGGUAGCUAUAAAUCCAUUUGGUCGGGGAUUCCCAAACUGCCUUGGCCUCAAGAGAUCACCGCUUGCUUUCUCUUUAACCAUCGCAUUCGCCUCCAAAAAUACGUAUACAGUCAAGAGUACAAAUACAUGAUGGACGCAGGGUAGCUUAGAUUAGAAAUUAUAUUCAAGAACAGCUUGCACGCACCAUGAGACGUGCAUGCGUCCUCUUUGCUACCGUCAUGCUUUUGUUUUACUGCAAUAAUGUAUGACACUUGGCUUUACCGUUUCAAGUGGAUACUCGAAAACUAGCAUGCUCUGUCAAAGGGCACGCUAGUUUUUCAGCGUCUGAGCAGAAUGUCUUUUGAUUCAAUUCCACUCUUCACCACAUCCAAUAUCUUAAUUCACUUCCGGUUUUUAUUCUGGUCUCUUGAUUCACUAGUGGUUUACACCUCAAUUCCUAAACAACUUCAGUCAGAUAUGAUUGUUCACAUCAAGGACAUCACAUCCCAUCAGAGAAAGUUGGUGAAGGAAGCCUCGAAAGCCACGCCGCUUUGAGUGCAUUGAAACGUUGUGUGAAAGACGGAUAUAAAGGAGCUUUGCUAUACGUAGAUUCCAAAAAGGGUGCGUUGGAUCUACUGCCAUUUUUUUUUUUUGUAAUAUACGUAAAAAUUUAUGCACUUGUUAAUCUUUGACGAAGCUGCAACUACCAUGAGGGCUUAUUUUGCUUUUGUGCCGUGUUAUGACCGAUACGUAUGAAAGAGGGAUAAACUGUCUUUUUUUUUUAACUAUUAUGGUGCACAAGAAUGUUCUUUACUUUUCUGCAAGGAUUGAAAACAUUGUAAAAUAUUGGAUGCCUGCAAAAAAUGUAAAAAAUAUGUACGCAUAAUGCCAUUGGCAACAUAGGUUGCGACAUGCUAGGCUGUCAACGUUUCAAUGAACGUUUUACUAUCGGUGAACGUGUUGUGGCCACUUCCUCUAAAAGAGGGAUCAACCAGCUUUUUCAUCAUUAAUUGCUGACAUUAGCUACAUCACAAAUUAUUUGAGCCAUGUAGGAAAUGUAUGGUAAAUUAACAAUGCUAACUCCUACCUUGGAUUUGGAACUCUAAAUUGUAAGCAUAGCUUCCAGGUAAAUGGGCAGUGCAAAAGGCUAACAUUUUUUUUUUAUAGCAACUUCUAACCCGGGAACAGCAAGAGCAGCAUUGGGCGCGGUGAAAGGGUAUGGGAUGAAGGUGCCGUUGAGCAGUUGAAGAAGGCUUACAAUAACAACUUUUGACUGAUCAACUCCAAAAGCUACAGUAAUAUGCAACUUUGCUCGAGUUCAGCUACCACAGUUUGCAUGCGUUCGUUUGUCGGCGCCGCAAAAUACGCUACUGUUGGAACGAUUUACUGCAAACGCAGGCAAUCCUCUGUUGGCACGUUCUGCACAUUAUAACAGUAAUGUAUUUGUCAUUUUCUUUCAAAAUGCAGUUUGGUGUGAACCCAGUACUGUCUAUAUUGGGGAUCCCUGGUGUAGUCUGUAGGUUGUGCUGUUACGUCCGUACUUUGUGUCAGUCGUUGAGUAUCGAAACAAUGUACAAUUCGCGUUGCAUUUGUAGUGAAGUCCAUCCAGCGAAUAGACCUUUUGUCCUGUUGGUGCCAAAAAGAAAUGUAAAAAAAAAAAAAAACGUUUUGACUCUUCCUACAGCAAUGCUAAGCUGUUCCUCUCCCGUGAACACCUGUGCCGAUAAAUGCCCUCUGGCAAAACAACACAAACUCAUCUCAAGCAAGAAAUUUCGCAGGCAAUUAUCGGGGCAGAAUGGAUAGGUGUAAGCUCUGCAUUCACAUUGUACUCCAUUGCUACUUCUCUACCAGCAUGGCAUCACUUUGAGCUGGCUUUCAGGCUUGCUGUUCUGUACAGGAAUUGCAAAGAAGCAUUUGCAUUGUGCGAGCUUGCAAUGAUGGACUACAUUAUGGUGGAUUCACAUGACAGGCUGAUUCAAAAGUGCUAAGACGCCCUGCCCCGGCAAGAAUCUUGAGAUGUGAAUAUAGUGAUCAAUUGGUACACAGUUGUGUCACGAAUGGAGCGUUAUGCAUAAUAUUAGUUGAACUCACCGUAGCAAAGUUAAGGGGGAAUCUGAACUUUCUUUGUUAUAUCUGUUCAGCUGGCUUGCUGCCCCUAAGGUCGCAUUCGGAGAUGAACUUGGAGGAAAAGCAUGCAUUUGUGUAGCUUGUAAAAGUUCUGGCUGCUGACAGAGCUGUAUCUGGAGCAGAAGUACGAAGCUGUGUCCCCUUGAAGUUCUGGCUGUUCACAGAGCUGUACUUGGAGCAAAAGUGUGCCCCUGUCAGCUUAAAGUUUAACUGCCGACACAGCUGUACUUUGAGCAGAAGUAUGCCGCUGUGUUGCUUUGCUGUUCAGCUAAAGGUUCUGGCUGCUGACCGCUGUAUUUGGAGCAAAAGUAUGUGCCUGUGUCUCUCUGAAGUUCUCGCUGCAGACAGAGCUGUAUUUAGAGCAGAAGAAUGCCACUGUUUUGCUUUGAGGUUCUGUCUGCUGGCAGCUGUAUUUGGGGCAAAAGUGACUUCUGGCAGCAUCGUUGUUUUUCGUUCUUUUAAGACAGCCUGGUUACUGUUCUGGAACAAGGCUGUAUCAGAAACCAAAUCCUUAUAAAAUCACGCCUCUGGACAUUUUCAACUUCUGUAAUGGCAACAUUUUGAGCCAAUUGGAGAGUUCACUACAGCACACUGAGCCAAUAGCCGUGAAUGUGACUGAAUUCGUAAAUAUGGUGGAGUUGGACGAUACAUGAGCACUGGCCACAGUGGACCAAUAUUGGCUUGCAGCAGCUCUGGAUGGAUGGGGCAGCAACGUUUUCAAUUAACCUAUGUGGGCAGAUCCCAAAACAGCUUAUAUAACUGAAUCUUCUUGAAGGCUGGAUGACAGGAGUUCUGCAUUGUUACAUGGCUAUUAUGGUUCAAUGUCAUUGUCUGAAUGCCUUUUUCAUGGACAGUCUGCUGAUUUGUCGUAAUGGUAGUAAUGAAUUUGUCUUCAAGCUCUCUUGUCAUGUGAAUCCACAUCUCGAAAUGCCUCAUUAUUCAGCUGGGUGCCAAACCAAGAGUACUGUUCAUAUUUUUGCAUUUGUCACUGUUGCUGCUUUGUAUUAUUGUUUUAAAAGCCAAAGGUUCGGUUUGAAUUGGUCAUUUCAUUUGUUAACGCGCACAUAGUAACUAGUUCUAUGUGAGCUUAGGAGAGAGAAUGCAUCCGUGCUAACUGAAUUAAACGAAGUUUCAUAUUUAGGCCAUAACUACAUUUAUUAGCAGUAAAGCUUUUGUGAACUUCCAGUUUUCGAAACACCAAACGAACAAUAUGCAAGAGAAUAUUUAGCAGUACAACAAAUGAACCAGUUCAGCCUGGAACUUGUCGCACAAAAAAAAAAAUUUUUAAUGAAUACAAAGCAUGUACAGAACCUCUGAAAAAAUCUUGGUCCGUCUCGUGCUUUGCUGACGGCGUUCAUGCUGUUAGGAAUGCUGCAAGAGUCUGCUGCUUUCUUUGAUUAAAAAGAUUCCAAAACUGA